AUGGAGAAGCACGUACUGAAAGCGUUCAAUGGCUACUGGCGCUUAACCUCCUUCAACCCCAAGCUCAAGAGCACUUUUGGUAGAUCUGGUCCAUCUAUAAUUGAACGGCACACUCAACAGCUUCUCUCUGUAGCCUGUCGUGGUUUCAAUAUCUCAGCAAGGAGAGCUAAUGCAACAUCGUCACAACCAUCAACGUCAGGUGCCCCAGGAACACCCUACUCGUCUCUCACAGUCGGCAUCCCUCGAGAGUCGUUCCCCAAUGAACGUCGUGUCGCGUUGACCCCGCAGAACGCCGCUCUUCUGCUGAAAAAAGGAUUCAAGGAGGUUCUCGUUGAACGCAACGCUGGUGCUGAGGCCAAAUUCCUUGACGAGCAGUAUGCCCAAGCCGGUGCUAAGCUGGUCUCGCGAGAAGAGGUUUUUGGGUCUUCCGACAUCCUCCUGAAAGUCCGACCACCACUUGCCGGCCAGGAAGUUGAGAGUAUCAAGGAGGGAAGCACAUUGGUCUCGUUCCUAUACCCUGCUCAAAACAAGUCCCUCGUUGAGACCCUCGCUUCGCGCAGAGUGAACAGUUUCGCAAUGGAUAUGAUCCCCCGUAUCUCAAGGGCUCAAGUCUUCGACGCACUGAGCUCGAUGGCAAACAUCGCAGGUUAUAAGGCUGUUUUAGAAGCAUCGAAUUACUUCGGAAGAUUCCUCACAGGACAGGUUACUGCUGCUGGAAAGAUUCCCCCCGGUAAAGUACUGGUCAUCGGUGCUGGCGUCGCGGGCUUGAGUGCCAUUGCCACGGCAAGACGCCUUGGAGCCAUUGUUCGUGGAUUCGAUACCCGGUCUGCUGCCAGAGAACAGGUAGAAUCCCUCGGUGCCGAGUUCAUUGAGGUCGAUAUCAAGGAGGAAGGCGAUGGUGCCGGCGGCUAUGCAAAGGUUAUGUCCAAGGAGUUUAUCGAAGCCGAGAUGGCUCUGUUCAGGGAGCAGUGCAAGGAGGUCGAUAUAAUCAUCACAACGGCUCUCAUUCCCGGAAAACCCGCCCCAAAGCUGAUCACCAAAGACAUGCUAGCCCUCAUGAAACAAGGUUCGGUCGUCGUUGAUCUGGCAGCUGAGGCCGGGGGGAACUGCGAAGCAACGCGACCCGGUGAAUUGGUUGUGCAAGAUGGCGUAACGGUCAUUGGCUACACUGAUCUUCCUUCUCGGUUGCCCACUCAGUCGUCCACUCUGUAUUCAAACAAUAUUGUCAAAUUCCUCUUGUCUAUCGGCAACGACAAACGUUUCAAUAUUGACCUGGAAGACGAGGUUGUUCGUGGUUCUUUGGUGGUACAUCAAGGCCAAAUCCUCCCACCCGUGGUUCGCUCAUUACCGCCACCUCCUGUCGCCCCCGCCACCACACCCAAAGAAGCUGCAGAAGCUGUCAAAGCCAUCACGCCUUGGCAAAAGGCUAGCCGCGAAGUUGCCGUCGUCACUGGUGGAAUGGGCUCUGUCAUUGCUCUCGGAAAAGCGACUGGUUCUGCUUUCAUGGACAAUUUCUUCACCUUCGGUCUUGCGGGUUUGGUCGGAUAUCGCGUCGUCUGGGGAGUGGCCCCUGCUCUGCAUUCGCCCCUAAUGUCUGUGACCAACGCCAUUUCUGGUUUGGUCGGUGUUGCCGGCAUGUUCAUCAUGGGAGGUGGCUACCUUCCGCACACCCUUCCUCAGGCGCUCGGUGCGGCCGCAGUGCUACUUGCAGCGGUCAAUGUGGCAGGAGGUUUCAUUCUUACGAAACGAAUGUUGGAUAUGUUCAAGCGUCCCACUGACCCACCCGAGUACUCUUGGCUGUACGGUAUCCCUGCCGUGGUCUUCACGGGCGGAUUCUUGGCUGCUGCCAGCACUGGAAUGGCAGGUCUAGUCCAAGCUGGCUAUCUCACCAGCAGUAUCCUAUGCAUUGGCUCGCUUUCUGGACUUGGCUCGCAACUGACCGCAAGACAAGGCAAUGCUCUUGGUGUCCUUGGAGUGAGCUCCGGCGUAUUGGCAUCUCUAGGUGCUGUCGGUUUCUCCCCGGAGGUGAUUGCGCAGUUUGGAGGUGUAGCCGCCAUUGGUGGCAUUCUGGGAACCAUCAUCGGUCGCCGAGUUACUGCAACAGAACUUCCCCAGACCGUCGCUCUGCUGCACUCCAUCGUCGGCUUGUCCGCUGUCCUUACCAGUAUCGGAAGUGUGAUUCAGGAUCCAUCUCAUCUCACCACUCUACACGCUGUGACAGCUUACCUUGGUGUUGUAAUCGGUGGAAUCACGUUCACUGGCUCUAUCGUCGCCUUCUUAAAACUCGCCGCCAGGAUGUCGAGUAGGCCCAUUAAGCUGCCCGGAAAGCACGCGACGAACAUUGCCCUCCUUGGAGCCAACGCUGCCACCAUGGCAGGUUUCUUGGCCUCCAUCCCCACCAGCACUCCGAAGAUUGCAGCCUCCUUUUUGGGUGUGAGCACGCUUCUCAGUUUCCUCAAGGGCUACACCUCAACUGCAGCAAUUGGUGGUGCAGACAUGCCUGUCGUUAUCACGGUUCUCAACGCUUACUCUGGAUUCGCUCUGGUGGCGGAAGGCUUUAUGUUGGAUAAUCCGCUGCUCGUCUCAGUAGGAUCGCUGAUUGGUGUCAGUGGUUCUAUCCUCUCGUACAUUAUGUGCGUUGCGAUGAAUCGGUCGCUGACGAAUGUGCUGUUCGGAGGCAUAUCCUCUGCCAACACUAUGGAGACUCAGAAGAUCGAAGGUACCAUCACGCAGACUAAUGUCGAUGACGUUGUCGACGCACUGGCAAACUCUGACAGUGUUAUCCUGGUGGUUGGCUAUGGCAUGGCUGUCGCCAAGGCUCAAUAUGCCAUCUCCGAAAUCACAUCUAUGCUUCGAGCAAAGGGUAUCCAAGUCCGGUUUGCAAUCCACCCCGUGGCUGGUCGCAUGCCAGGUCAAUGCAACGUGCUGCUCGCUGAAGCUGCUGUCCCCUACGAUAUCGUCUUGGAGAUGGAAGAGAUCAACGACGACUUUAAGGAUACUGACUUGACUCUUGUCAUCGGCGCCAACGACACUGUCAAUCCCAUCGCUUUGGAGCCAGGAUCUCCCAUCGCAGGGAUGCCGGUGCUCCAUGCAUGGAAGAGCAAGCAAGUCGUCGUCAUGAAGCGUGGCUUGGCCAGCGGUUACGCUGACGUUCCCAACCCCAUGUUCUACAUGCCUGGCACGAAGAUGUUGUUUGGUGAUGCAAAGGAUAGCUGUGAAGCUAUCAAACGCGGCCUUGAAGCGCGCCUGAAGAAUUAA